AUGCCUAACAUAGUAUGUGAUGCUAAUAUUUCUGAACUAAGGGAAUUGUAUGACCAUCUAUGUAAAUAUGUGCAGCCAGAGUGGCACGAAAUUCCAUCUGGAGAAGUUUGGAAAUUGCAGUUUAAGUCUAAAUAUUCGCAAUUGUUGGGUAGAUUUGGAUGCUCAGACAUGAUACAGGAUGUUGAAAUGGAUAAAAUGUGUCAAUCUGAUCAGGAAAGUGUUAAAAAUGACAAUAGAUCGAUACAAGAAAUAAUCAGUGAUUUGACUAUUAAUAUUUCACGUGGUCUUGAAGGUACCUGGUUGGAGAUGCGAAAUAGAAUCGCGGCCAUUAAAAAUGAAUCGCAAUCUAAACAACUAAAUUUGGAUGAACUGGUGAAGUAUGCUGUAAGCGUUGGAGGUACAACUUGCGCCCCGCCCGAAACAAACAAUAUUACAGACGAAAUGCUUCACAACCAAAUAUUCCCUAGAUAUCAUUUCCUAGGCCGUGUAGGUAUUAAAGAUAUACACUCAUCUCGCUUCUUCUACUUGCAAAAAUUGUCUACAAUUACGUUCCCACCCAUAAUACACUUUCUAGAUGGUGAAUCAGAAAAUUUGAAGAAGUUGAAAAUUACAUGCAGAACCAGGGGUUGUAGCAUAUUCUUCCGUGUAAAUGACAAUGAAAAAGUAAGACAAUAUACUGGUGAGAUGCCAUUUAGGAAUAUACCUUUUAAAAUAACCGCAUGGGCCAUUGCCCCUGGUUUAGCCCAAUCGCAAAUCGUGCAAUCUCACUACGUACCAAAUACCCAAUCUCAUGGAUCUUUGCAUUCUGAGUUAUUCUUGGGGAAGGGUACUAAACACUAA